AGUUAUUUGACCAUCAACAUGGAUAUCCAAAGUAAUAAUACUAAUUGCAAUGCAAGUUCUGACGGGAUUCUUGAGAAUGUUUGGGCUCAAAUUAGAGCAGGUGAUGCAGCUGAAUCUUCUAACUCAUGGGAAGAACUGCCUAAUCUUGAUGGAAGAGAUGGUUCUAUGGAAAUUCUGCAAAGGCUUCCAAGCUUAGGUAGAUGGAUAUCAAUGGGAGCUGAAUUCUGGGAAGAAGUUUUAGAUGGUAUUCAAGUUCUACCUAGUGCAAGCAAUAUUAUAGACGAUUCGGGAAAGAAAAAUUUGGAAGUUGCUAACACUUCCAAUUUAAAGGUAGAAGAAAAAGUGAGAACAGAGAAGGUGGUUGAAAAACACUACAGGGGAGUGAGGAGAAGGCCAUGGGGAAAAUAUGCUGCUGAAAUUAGAGAUUCAUCCAAGAAAGGUGCAAGAGUUUGGCUUGGGACAUUUGAUACAGCUGAAGAAGCAGCUUUGGCUUAUGAUAAAGCUGCUUUGAGAAUUAGAGGUCCAAAGGCACACCUCAAUUUCCCACUUGAGACAGUAAUUGAUCUUACAACCUGUGCUUCUAGAGCUUGUGAAAUUUAUUGUACAUGCACUGGGAAACAAGAAAAAAGGAAGAGAGGAUCAGGGGAUGGGGAAGAAUUUGAUGAUAUCAUGAAUGAACAGCCAGCAGCAAAAAAGAUGGCUGGUUGGGAGAACAUGUUUGGAAAUGAACUAGAUGUUUUGGUAUUUCAGGACCUAGGAAGUGAUUAUUUGGAAAGUUUGUUGUCUUCUUUUUGACAGAUUACAUGAUUUGAUACUUAAUUAUUUUUAGAAGGUAAGGUUGGUUAAAGAUAGAAGUAUUAUAUCAAUUCAUCAAUUGUUUGUAUCUUUGAAAAAUUGUUCAAGAUCAUGAUUACUGUAUGUAA